UGGCUUUAUACUGGCAGGUCCUUGCUACUAAAGGAAAUCUCGGAGACCCACUUGUCACGCGCACGAAUCCGCAGGUCGCGAGGACCCGGAAGUUUUUCGGUGACGUGACGCGGCCGAAAGAGUGUCGCGUGCGUUCAGUGCGGUUCAGUGAUUCGCAAUUAUGCUCCUAAUUCUGGACUAUAUCGAGACAAAUCGCUCUUGUAGAUUGUGAGACUUGUAGUGACUGCCAAAUAGAAAAGACUGUAUAAAGAAAUUACUUUUAAAAAGAUGUUAUUGUUGAAAAUAAUAAGUUAAGUUUUUGUUUAUAAUCGAGAAGCUUAAUAAAUGAAGAACUGUGUUACACAUUUGCAAACGUGUAAAAAUUGACACUUGAGAUCGUUGAUUAUAGAUGUGUGAUCGACAUAUUGUAUGUCUGAUUUGUAAUAUUGAUAAAAUUUGCUUGAAAAGAUCGUUCACAGGCCGUAAAGAAUAUCGUGAAACCAGCCGACGGCUGACAGAAUUCUACUAGUCGCUUACUUGACGAGCAAGCAAGAUGCGGUAAUCAGUUGUAAAAUAUGCGAAAUAUUGUUACUGCUUUCGGCUCACACGAAAGAUCAGUCUGUAGAUCUUAAAAACACGUUAGAUCUUUGAGAAGAUCAGUUUGAUUACAAUGAACGUGGGGGUAUAAUAACCUCUGACAAAAAUCUUAGAAUGGAAAAUGUGAAGAUUUGGUUGAAACAUCGAGAUCAACAUUAUCAUCUUAAUAGCCUUCACAAACGUGUGAUUUAUGGACACUGAUGGACUGUAUUAGUUAAUUUUGUUGAAGUGAACAAUGUUUCAAACGAAGCGUCUAAAAUGGAGGAUGUAAGCGCGCGUUGAUCAGAGACGCCUACCAACGUCAAAUAUCCAUCUGCACUUCAACAAAUACACAUGACUCCGGUGCACCAGUGAUCAAGUGAUCUCGUUUUUUUUUCGCGGUGAUCCAAGUGAGGAACGAACGCCGGCGAAUUGGUACCAAAAAUGGUCCUGGAGCCUGGAGGUGGUCUGUCCUUUCCGUUGCCUCCUGGCAGCGGCUCCAGCGCCUCCGGAGGAUCCCUGCUGGCUCCGACCAGGUUGUUUCAAAGAACGACACCUGUGUUUCCGUUCCAUUUGACAGGAUGGCCGCCUCAUCAUCCGGUUCUGGGACAAGUGCAGAGUCAGGUCCAGCAGAGUAUGCAGGCUCAGCAUCAGGCCGCUGCCGCGGCGGUCAGAUUCCUCAGUCAUCAUCAUCCGCACCAUCCGCAUCCAUCGUUGAGCAAUCAUUCUCUGGUACCGGCGAUCACCGGACAUCAUCCAACUGUGCAUCACGUGCAUCAUAAUGCCGAUCACGGGGAAGAGGAUGACGAAAAGAAGGGUUGCGACGGCGAGUCAGACGAAGGCGGCAACAAGAGACGAAGAAGCAGAACUAACUUCAACAGUUGGCAGUUGGAAGAAUUAGAGCGGGCUUUUCUGUCGAGUCAUUAUCCCGACGUUUUUAUGCGAGAAGCUUUGGCUGUGAGACUCGAAUUAAAAGAGAGCCGCGUGGCGGUAUGGUUUCAAAAUCGAAGAGCAAAAUGGCGGAAAAAAGAACACACGAAGAAAGGCCCCGGACGACCCGCGCAUAAUGCUCACCCUCAAAGCUGCAGCGGCGAACCUAUUCCACCCGAAGAACUGAGACGGAAAGAGCGCGAAAGGCGGCAAAAAAAGUUGCUGAAAGCUCUCGAGAGACAGCAGCGGAAGCUCGCUGCUAAAGGCAUUACAGUGGACUUAUCGACAUUGCGUGCCGAAUGGGAGUCUCGUAGCGAGGCGGCGUCGGGACGCGGUUCCGCGAGUGGCCCUUUGAGCAACUCUUUCGGUCAACUAGGUUUGAGCAGCGAGGGCAACAAUAUCUCCGCGACCGGCAACGACGCCAACGAGGAGAUAGACGUGGUCGGCGGAUUGGACUCUUGUAGCGAGAGUGGAAGUGAGCGGGUCGAUUCCGCGGCGGAUGGUUCCGUGGACGGUGAGUGUUACCCGGUAAUCAGCAGUAACGCGAACGAAGUUGGCGAACUCCGGAAGAAUCCACAAAACUCGUCUGUCGAACACUUGAAUCAUCAACCCGGUAUUCACCACUGGGGCUUGAGCCUGCUGGAGCGACGACGCGAGCUGGUGGGAGUCGGAACAAAUCGCCAGUCGGUCGGUAAUGGCGCCAGGAACCUGAUCAGGCAAGCCGAGGACGAAGUCCAGAGCGGCAGCAUUGAUCUUUCGGUGAAGGGCAGGGAAGAGAGAAAGAGGCUGAACCCGUUCUCCAUCGACAGCCUGUUGGGGAACAACAACCGGACUAGUGCGGCAUCGGAGCGCAGGCCAGUGACACCGACGUCGCCGACGUCGCCCAUUUCGUCGGCUUGCACAUCGCCUUCCACAACGUAGUGAACAGGUCGAGGUGAGCCCGAUUAAAGGGACACGUGGUUAAAAGUGGCCACAAGUGUGUGAUUAAUUAGGAUUCUUCCAUUCGGGAUUUACCUAAUUUAGCAAGUGGUGGCCGUCGGACAAGCAAAUAUUGAAAUGUGAAAAUCAAAAACUGGUUAUUCUGGUUGAAAGAUUGGAUACAGGACGGUCAACUAUGGUAAUGGUCUCUACCAGGGUUCCUGUUUUGACUGAAACCGAUAGAUUCAUGGAUAUCCUUGCGUAUUUGUAGACAUUCUCCCGUCCUUCGAUGAACGCGACUAGAUUCUUAGUAUCCUUAAAGUCCUUUUGAGAAAGUCAAAGUUUAAAAAAUCUGUGUAAGUUUCGAAUCGAGUCGCGAGUUAGAUUAACUGUGCGGUUCUUGGGCUUUUUGGAUUCAGAAGGAUUCGGAGGAUCUAAAGAUCGCGUCAUCGACAUGGAUCGAACAAGACUUAUAUCAUUUCGACAUAUCGAAUGCAUGCGUGACUGUUGUAGAUAGAGCGUGUUUGAUCUCGUCCAUGUUGUGUCUCGUUUCGAAAAAAGAGAUUAACACAAAAAUGUGCAAUAAACGCGGAUAUGCUCGCCGACUAGACGUUGUUGUCUAUCCUUGAGGUAAGAGAAAGACGAAAAGAAAUAAAGAGCAAGAGAGAAUAUGCGUAUGAAUGUGCGUGUGCAUGCAUCAAAAGCGUGUAUUUAAUGUAAAUAGCGGGAAGGAGGUCUGUUUUAUUUAAUUUGAGUAGUCGAUACCCCAGUGUUCGUCGAUUGCGGAUAUUAUUUAAAUUUAAAGCAAUAGAGCGGAGGUUCUCAACUCUUUACAUUCGGGCGAGAUUUUGAAUCGAUAAAAACUUAUCGAAAAAGGACUCCCACUCUUGUAAUAUGAACAUCUACAGGAGAAAUAGACCGGUUGAAUUAAACAUCAUUUCUCUCAGCAGUUUGUUUGUAGUAAUGUAGCAAAACAAAACUCGCUUAACGCGCGAAUCAGUUUAAAAAUAUAAAGAAAAACGAGUAAAAAAAGCUUGAGGACCUCUGCAAUAGGAACUCUCCUGGCAUUGUAUAUAAACUUUGAAGAUCCUAAGCGUGAGGAUACGGCGCGGUACAAAAAACAAACUUUAUUCUCCACCACCCCCGUAAGCAAAAUUGACCUACCGAGCUCUGUUUGUGGUUAGGGGUGAUUAAGAGUUGCCAUACAAUGAUCCGGGAUAUGCGAAAUCAGUACCUAUCAUAUAUCCACUAAAAAUAUAUUAAU